GGGGGGGGGGGGGGGGGGCUCGGCCGUUGUGGUGGGUGAUGGGUCCGAUGAUGGCGAUGAUGAAGGUACUUUUUCUUCGUCUUGUUCCAUUCGGGCUGAGAUGGGUUGGGGGCCUUGGGUACCUCUGCCUGUUGGGUCGAAUUCGGGCUGCCCCUCACCUCCCAUUGCUCUCAAUCUCACUCUGGUGCUCAGCAUUGGGCGGGAACUGUCAACUUGUGUCAACCGUCGACGGCUGACGAUGACGGAGUUGGGCGGGCACUUACACCGCCGCCGUCGUUGGUGCUGCGGUUGUGAGGGCUAUCGUCAGAAAACGGCUUUCAGCUCCGCCUUUGCGCAUACACGUACAUGCGUCGUCUAUACCAUAGUACCUACAACCUGGUUAUGCUUCGGAGAUGCACCCACCCCCCUCCAAACAGUUGAGAACACUCUGAACGGGGUGGCAUUGCAAAAGAGGUACUGUACAUUUCCAUGCCCCCUACUCCCUCCCUCUUUGACCCUCCUCGCAUCGGUGACUGAAGCAAGUCGGCGGGCGGGGGGGCGAACGCUUUUCAGGAAUUAUCACCAAUGAAAACUCCGAAAAAUCAUAUACACCUGGUGCGUCUUGUAAAAGGGCCGGGUGGGAUGGCAGGGGGGAGCGCGUUAGAAAGCCCUGUCUAAGCCCUGGAGGACGUCCUUCUUCAGGUAUCCGUAUUGUACCUGUAGAUUCCAGACGUGGUCCGGACGUGUUUUGCACCAAUCGAAGAUUGGUAAGUAAAUGGCAUUGAUUGAUCGAGUCAAUCACAGGCAAGAGAAGAAGACGGUGUGUAACUGAGAUAAAGAGAGGCGAGUGAGUGAGUGACCGAACCAAUGGGGGCAGCGAGAAGGACCGUCCAAUGGAAAAUCAGUCGCAAGGAGUGACAGAGAGAGAGAGAGAGAGAGUGAGAGUGAGAGUGAGAGUGAGAGUUACAUUUAAGAGUACUUGCAGGGGGGAGGGAUGCC